AUGCAAGACGCGGUACCGCACCUCUUUGCCGAGGAGCCUCUGCUGUUGCACCAUCCGGUGACGCUGCUGUCGCCGGGGGAGCUGCGUCGGCGGGGGGUUCCAGUGUACAGGUUUGUGUGUCCCGGCAGCUUUAUCAUCACCUUCCCCAACGCCUACCACGCGGGGUUCAACGCCGGUUUCAACUGCGCUGAAGCUGUCAACUUUGCGCCGGCUGAUUGGCUGCCGUACGGCAGUGCUGCCGUACGAGAAUACCGCCAACAGGGCAGGCGGAGCACCUUCAGCUUUGACGACCUGCUGGUUCGAAUC